GCCGGCAGGGGGAGCCCCGUCCCGGGCCUCGCCCCUGUGGCGCGCGCUUCCUGUGAGGUCAGGUGGGAGGAAGCGGCCGCCGUGGACGCCGAGGCCCACAAGCCGUGCGCGCAGGUACAGCCCAGCAGGAAUUCACAGCUCCCAGGAGGAUGGUGAGGAUCUUGGCCAAUGGGGAGAUUGUCCAAGACGAUGACCCCCGAGUGAGGACCACCACCCAACAGAGAAGUAGCAGUCCUCGGCAGGGUUUUCUCAACAGAGGUCACGGUGGACCUCCAGGGGGCCCUGGGCCCCGCCAGCAGCAGGCAGGUGCCAGGCUGGGUGCCGCCCAGUCUCCCUUCAAUGAUCUAAACCGGCAGCUGGUGAACAUGGGCUUCCCCCAGUGGCAUCUUGGGAACCACGUGGUGGAGCCAGUGACCUCCAUUCUUCUGCUUUUCCUGCUCAUGAUGCUUGGGGUUCGUGGCCUCCUGCUAGUGGGCCUGGUCUACCUGGUGUCCCACCUGAGCCAGCGGUGACCUCUGGGGGACUCGGGAGGGUGGUUUGCUGGGCUUUGGUGUGACAGCAGGGACAGGGGGAGGGAGCAUGGGAGCUUGGAAGGUGUGAUCAGAGAUGGGACCAUGAGCGCGCAUUUCCCUACUGUGUUAAACAGGAGGCAGAGGGACCAGCAUUACUGAAAAACACAGAGUACUUUGGUUUUCUUGGAAGGCUUUUAGGGGCAUAGGGCCCCCACUAAGAAGCACAAACCCAGGGUAAGACAGGCUUAAAAUGUUGUAUUCUCCCAGAACACAAGUCCCUCCCCACCUACUCCCCCCCCCCCCCCCAGGAGCAGAACUGGAGUUCAGAGCAGCUAGGGAUUGUCCAGAUUUUUAUAACAUUCCUUUGUCCUAAUGGUGUCUUUUUAUUAGCUACUCUUAUAAGGAAGGGUAUUGACAUUCUGUUUAUUGUGCCAUUUUUCUUUCUUGGGGGGGCAUGGUUUUGAGACAGGGUCUUAACGAUGUAGCCUUGGCUGGCCUGGAAUCACUAUGUAGACCAGGUUGGCCUGGAACUCACAAGAGAUCUUCCUGCCUCUGUCUCCCAAGUGCUGAGACUAAAGGCCUGUGAUACCCUGCCCAGCUAUUGUGAUAUUUUCAAUAAACAAAUCUGAGCCUCUUUUAA